AUGUACAAGGUACUGGAGCGCAUUAUCCUGGACCGACUCAUUAAACAUCGCGAAGAAACAACGCGCGACGAGCAAGUUGGCUUUCGUCCUGGCCGAUCUACGAUUGACCAGGUGUUCAUCUUCAGGAGAGUGAUCGAAAUCUGGCAGCGGUAUUUGAAGCCAGUGCAACUAGCAUUUCUGGACUUUGAAGCCGCGUUCGACUCUCCUCAUCGAGGCCGUCUUCUCAACGCGUUUCGCGCCGAUGGAGUACCAGGAAAGUUCGUUCGUUUGCUUGAUGACAUGAAUCAACGAACGACUGCUGCAGUUCGAACACCAGCCGGAUGUACAACACCGUUUGAAUUGGUAACUGGAGUAAGACAAGGGGCACUGGCAGGACCUUUCCUGUUCAAUUUUGCAAUCGACGACAUCAUGCGAAGAACAGUCGACCAGUGUCCUGCCGACAUUGUCUUAGCACCAUCAGGGUGCCCCGUGACUGACCUCGAGUACGCCGUUGUUAUAUUCGCGGAAAGCAGUACGAAACUUCAACCUGUUGUCAACCUCGUAUCGAAGCUGACUGCAGCCCAUGGACUACGCCUACGCCCUGAUAAAUGCAAGCAGAUGUGGAUCUCUUCGAGACCUCGAACGGGAAUCAGGGUGGACGGACAACCAAUAGAACUCGACGAUGAGUUCUGUUACCUAGGCUGUACGCUGAAGAACAAUGGCAGCUACGAGAGAGAUGUUCAGCAAAGAUGCGCUAAGGCCGCUUCUGCAUUUAACUCCUUAACGAAAUGCCUGCGGUCGACCCCCAUCACCAACGAAGUCAAGCUGCGAGCCUACCUAUCCGCAAUUCGCCCCAUCAUUAUGUACGGAUCGGAGACUUGGGCAGCACCAUCAACGGUUAUGGAGAGGCUUGACUGCACGGAACAAAAGCUGCUUAGACGGCUACUUGGCUACUUUUGGCCUAAGGUAUGCCACAAUGAGGAUCUUUACGCAGAAAUUGAUGUGGUUUACCAGCGUAUGACAUGUGGAAGAUAUCAACAUCUUGCACCGCCAUCGAAAGCGGCUAAAGUAAAUCGUUUUCGCUUCUUUGGUCAUAUAUUAAGGAUAUCGGCACAUCGCCUUGUCCAACGAGUUCUGAAGAGUUCGUCGGAUUGGAGCUGGAAGAUGCCACCUGGCCGAAAACGGAAGUUCUGGACUGAGGUGGUGAAAGAGGACCUGAGGACACUCGGCGUGGAUAGCCAGUUCAGGCGAGACGUAAGGUUUCGCAGAAUAUGGAAUAGCGACGAAUGGAUUGAUUCUGUGCAAGCUCUCGCAGAAGAUCGAGAAGGCGAUGACAUCAGCCCGCCGAUUACGUCAAGUAAGUCAUCGGAAUGGAAUAGCAUUAACGAUCACCGGAACUCGGAUGCACCGAGAGACCGCAGCGCGUCACUAAACGAUGAAAUUGCACCGGAGGCGGCGCGGUCGAACAUAGCCACUGGUGCCAUUUCUGACUUUGGCCUGUCAAAAAUUGCUGAGGAAUUAGAGGCGAAGAAAAAAGGUGAAGAUGACAAAGGUGAACCGCCAAUUGAACAUGUUCCUUUACGGUGGAUGGCGCCUGAAACCUUGAAACGACCACAGUUGUGGUCGAUAAAAAGCGAUGUAUGGAGUUUUGGUGUGCUUUUAUACGAAGUGUUCAACGAUGGCGAAAAACCGUGGCCAAAUGAUGAGCCGAAACGUAUCGCUACUCAUAUACGACAUGGAAAAAUGCCGACUCUACCGCCGAAAACUCCCGAACAUAUCAAGAAUUUAAUAAAUAAGAUUUGGAAGCUAAAUCCUGAGGAAAGGCCGUCAAUGGAUGUUAUAUACAAAGAGCUAAAAGGACUGCAUAAAGGAGAAUUUAAGAUACAUGAUGCUUCGAAACUCACACUCGCCCUCAAAAAGCUGGAAAAAUCGAAAGCAGAUACUGGUCUUAUUGACGAUAGCGAUUCGGCACGUUCCGUAUACGAUGAGGAAGUGGAACAAUUAGGACGAUCAGUGCCGAGCUCAAAUAGACCCGUUCAGAGAAAAAAAUAG